AUGGCCAACAAGGGAGAAACAUCUUGCCUAGACUUGGAAAAAGGACCAAAUCAUUGCUCCAAUGGCGAAGAGGAAAGUGAGGAAGCCACAACAGUUCUAGAGACACGGAAGGUCUCUAAUGUCUCCAGUCAUGAUACUGAUCCACCGCCGGAGACCUGCAGGAACUCCUCCUUCUCUGAGUGCUCUCUUGAGGUUGAUAUGGAAGCUUGCCCUUCAUCGGAAAUUAAAGUGAAUUUGGCCAAAGUUGAUGAGAAGGAUUGUAGGAUUUGUCAACGGUUGCAGAGUGCUUCUUGCGAAUCAGGCAUUGCAAUUGAGUUGGGUUGCUCUUGCAAGGAUGAUUUGGCUGCUGCUCAUAAGCAAUGUGCUGAGACUUGGUUCAAAAUCAAGGGAAAUAAGACUUGCGAAAUAUGUGGCUCCAUGGCAAAAAAUGUUAUUGGUACUGGUGAAGUUGAGUUCAUCGAGCAGUGGAAUGAGACUAACAGUGCAGCUCCAGCAGCAUCGCCAGCAAGCGAAACCAGAACCUUUUCGCGUGGUCACCAUUUCCUCGCGUGCAUGCUUACAUGCAUGGUGUUCACCUUCAUCAUCUGGCUCUUUUACUUUAUUGUAGCAGGCUGA